AUGUCUACCGAAGAGGUUUCAGGGCAGGGGGAGCCCGGGGUAGCAGCGCAAGCAGCCAGCCACUUAGCAGCGGCUCUGGCACGCCAGCCCCCGCCUCCCGUGCCUAUACCUCUGGAUGUGAAGCAUCAGGAGGCCAAGUUCAAGGAAGCUAGAGCGCGCAUGAUAAAGAUCGUAAACUGGCAGCUGAAUGACGACAAGCACCGGAAGCUGGAGCAGAUACUGGACACGACGCAGUAUCUGCAGAAAAUCUGCGGUAAUGUGAAGGACAACCCGCAGGAGGCCAAGUUUCGGCGGAUCCGCAUCACCAAUGCAACCUUCUCUCGGCACGUGCGCGAUGCGCCCGGCGGCGAGGAGUUCAUGCAUGCGGCAGGCUGGACAGUCAAGGUUGACAACUUUGAAAAAUACUUUGUGUUUGAGCCGCAGCCAGGCAGCCUGGAGUGGCGGAUCCUGGAGGAGGCGUGCGCAGAGCUGAGCAAGCUGUCGGCAUUGAUAGAUGGCAAGAUCAAGCGCGGAUUGGGCGACAAGAAGGCGCUGCAGGAGCGCAUGCGGCAGCAGGUGCGGGUGGCGAUAGAAGAGGACAAGGCGCAGAGAGAGGUGAUCUUCCAGGCGCACACGGCACCGGUGGAGGCCCAACCGCUGCCACCCUCGCCGCGGUCGCGAGCCCAGGCCGGCCGCGGCGGCGGCGACCUGUAG